AUUAAUUUACAUUUUUUUUUUUUAUUUAAUUCCUUGAAAUUGUUGGUAUCAAGUAUCAGUUGAGUGUAAGUUUUUCAAUUAUUAGAUAAAUUUAAAUAUUAUGCCCAUCGACCCGUCGCGGUCGUGGUCGUCCAGUUAGCAUAGCAACAACAGAUUACAAACACAUUAAAAAGUAAGUGUUCAGUAUAUAUGAUAUGUGUAUACAUUUAUUUUUAUUUUUUUUUUUUCUACGUGCACCUAUAAUUCAAUAAAUGAAAUUAUCUACACGUUGUUGAUGUUUUAUUUUUAACUCCGGUGCAUCCAUAUUAGUGCCCAUUAUUUCCAGAAAUUAUCACAUUAUACAUGGCUUGGGGUACCACGAGCUCGCGAUGAAUUAGCGUAUUUCUGACGACGAACGUUCGUUACAUUAUAAAGGCACCGCUUGCACAGAUUUUCAAAUCAUCUUGGUCACGCUCGCGCGCCGCAGCUGCGUCCGGCUCUCGUGCCCGGCGACGAACGUGCCGUCGUUUAUUCCGCGAUACAGACACCCGUGUAGAAUAUUUCGAGAACGAUUUUAAUCCGGUGCCCACUCGUAAAUCUGAUUACGCGCCGUUUGCAUCGAGGCCGCCAUUAGGAGGUAGGUGUGAAUCGUCGUUAUUUUAUUCCGGGUAGGCGCCUGCGUUCGGUAUGGCCAGCACGGGUAGUAACGACACGUAGGUAAGGAGCACCCCGGGUACUCGCGCCGUGCGUGCGUACGGCCGGGCGGUUGUUUAAACGGCCACGAGGAGCGUUUACCGCGCGAUCCUCGAGAUUUACAAGAAAAAAAAUUAAUAAUAAUAAAUUGUAUUCUGUUCGGCGGUCCGCGUGUUCGACGGCAAUACGGCUAUUUGCGCGCGCCGUUCGGACUCGAAACCAUUCGGGCGUGCGUUCCGUCCGGCGACCGGCGAGCGAACGCUACGCGCCGCGGCCCCGGCGUAAAACGUCGUUUCGUUCCGACCGCCGGGCGCGGGCGUAUUUUCUCUUCGGUUCCGGAGAAACGCCGCGGAAUCCGGUACCGGUCCGCGGGCGCGCGCCCGGCCGUCGCGGUUCGCCGCCCCGUCGGAUGUUCGGCUACCGGCCGGUGGUCAACGCACGGGAACGCCGGGUCGGAGUCGCGCUGAAUGCGAAACGCCGUUUUGCGCGUCGCGCACACGGCCCGUUUGCCGGCGAUGAUUAUCUGUUUUUCUCCGUUUUGCAGAUGUCCGCGCUGUUGGACCACGUUCAGGGAGGCGUGCAAUGGAUACACGACAACAGCCGUAAGUACCAUCGGCCGUCGACCGUACGUUUACAAAAUCCGCAUUACGAACCGACGCUCCGUAACGACGUUGUAACCGUGGCGAUUAUCGCCGUCGCCGCGCUUGCCCGUAAACGCGCACGGAAAUCGCCGAACUAAUAAAGGCCGUACCGAUGUGAUAACGUGCCGUGGUUUUAUGAUUAAAGUACGCGUAAAAUUCAAUUCCGAUUUUGGGACACGCGUCCGUGCGGAUCCAAGUGCGGUGAACGACGGUAGCGCCGUCGCGCCGGGUAGAUGAGAGCGCUUGGAUUUUUCGCAACGUUCAAAUCUCGACGAAUACCGCGUGGCCGUGAACGACUUGGUUUUUGAAAAUAAGAACUCGCGUGUUUCGUUGCGGAUUAUUGAUUGGAUGAUUUUUUUUUUUUUUUUUCUGAAAAUGUGUUAACGUACCUACCUACGUAUUUGUAGUUGAAAUUCGAACGAUACGUUUCUGAAUUGUUUGGCGUUAAACGCUAAGGGCAAUGCACUCGUACAACGAUUGGGAUAUCGAGUGUUUACAUAGAAGUCGUGUGUAGACAACUUGUGGUUUUUGACAGUGUAGUUAUUAUCCAUUAGCGUUUACAGUAGUGUUCUCGGUUAAAUUUCGAUUCAAAUGGGUACGUUAACGUUUUUUAGAAAAACCGUCCGAUUGACAAUUCGCAUUAAAACGUGCGGGUUCGCGUUUAAAAAAAACCAAAGUUGUUAUUUCCGUAAGAUAUUUGAAUGCAAGUAUUUGAAGGUAUCGACUUUUUCGAUACGAUCAAAAAUUCCAAUAUCAGAAUUUGAAUUUAUGCAUAAUUUAACCAUAAAAAUGUGGUACUUAUAGUGUACUUACAAAAUCAUUCUCGGUAAAUUUUAAAUAUUUUUUUUAUAAAAGAGGUAAUGGAGGAUAUAUCACCCUAACUCCCCCCUCGUUUGACCACCCCUGUUCUAUAAUCUCCUUGAAUAAAAUCGAUAUAGUCGUGGUUAGUUUCUAAUUUUCCAUACUGGGGGAAUUGCAAAGUAAUCUGACCCCGAAAGUUUGUUUUUGUCCAGCUGAUAUUAAUUUAUAAACUUAAAAUUUUCAAAAUAUUAUAUUCUUUUGUGCAUACCGCAGUGCUUGUUUUUAUGUUAAUUAGUUGCACGUUUUUUUUUAUCCUUUAAUGGACCAUAAUAAUUAUUUAUCAUUUUAAGUGUUAUAAACAAAAUAUUAUGUUUUGUGCGCAUCACAAUGUAAUGCGUUAAAUACAAUUAUACAAUAAAGUUAUACCCACACCUGGGAACCUAUGUAGUUGAUCUGAUCUUCACUGUUUAUUGAAUAAUAUUAAUGUUGGUAACAUUUUGAUAAUUUUAUUUUUUAUUAAAAUUAAUUUAUAAAAAUAGUAUACAAUAUAUACGUUUUUAAAAAAUACUAUCUGGUCAAUUUCUCACUAGAUUUGUCUCGUUUUAAUGUAUUUAUUUAUUGUACUUUUAGUACAGGCUGAAGCCCAAAAACGUUAAAAUAAGUAAAUUUAAUUUUACUAUAACUAACUACAUAAUUACACUAAACAAACUAACUAUAUUCGUUUAUUCUUUUUCAAAUAAAAGGCAAACAUAAUAAUUAAAUAUAAAUAUUUAUUUUUUUGAUAUAGGAAAUCGAUUAUCGAUAGAUUAAACAAUUAUAACAAACUUUUACUCAUCAAAACUAUUAGUAAAGAUAAAACCAAGUUAAAAUUAACUAAUUUUUACUGUAUACUUUUUUAGAUCCAUUGACUAAAGACUUAUGGUUUAUGGGUUCAAUAUGGCCAGUCACUAUUACAUUGGUUUUGUACUUGUCGUUUGUUCUUAAAAUUGGUCCUGAGUUAAUGAAAUCCCGUAAACCACUUAAUGUUGAUAUCUAUAUCAAGAUCUACAACAUUAUACAAAUCCUAUUUUCACUAUAUUUAUUGAGAGAAGUAAAAGAAAAAUUGAAUAAUAUAAUACUAAAAUGUAAGUUCAACAUUUUUAAACAUUUAUUAUAUCCAUUAUUCAAUCUAGGCAUUUAGAUUACUAUGGCUGCGAUUCGACUACCGAUUUUUUUGUGUUGAAAUGAAUAAAGAUCCUGAUGUAGCAAAAGAAGUAAUUUUGUACUUGUUUACAGUGUUUACACUUUUAAAUUUUAUCCGCAGUAAAAUAAAUAUAAUUUUAAUAUGUGCUAUGUUUGAAUUUGUAGCAAGUAUUUACCGUUUGGCUGUUUCUCAUGAGCAGAUUGUUAGACCUUCUGGAUACAGUAAUUAAAAUUUUGUACAAAACCUUAUUAUUAACUAGUUUAAAUAUACAUUAUAAGGCAUUCAUUAUAUUGGAAAAUGUUAACUUUUCUCAGAAUUUUUUUGAAAAAUUAGGUUGAUAUUUGAAAACAAAAACAGAUAGUUGAUUUCACCCUAAAACAGAACUGUGACAAAAAAAUUAAAGGUUAAAAUUUUAGAGCUGUUUCUUAAAUUUUUCAAAAAAGAACCCUAAAAAUGUUAAUAGGUACUUUCCAAGAUAAUGAUUAUCUUAUGUUAUAUUGAUCAUCCUGUAUUAACUUUUCAAUUACAUUUUAGAUAUUUUUUGUACUGCGAAAAAAACAUAAUCAAAUAACAUUUUUGCAUGUCUACCAUCAUGCAAUAGUUGUGUCAUUAGCAUGGUUCAUUAUUAAUUUUUAUCCAGGUAAAUAAAAUAAUUUAACUAAAAUCAAUAAAUAUAUUGUUGAAUGGGUUUUGUAUUAAUUUUAGGUGGUCAAGGUGCUUUCUUUGGUACAGUAAAUUCAUUUGUGCACGUUAUAAUGUACAGCUAUUAUUUAUUGACUAUUAUAAACCCAGAAUACAAAAAAGCUUGGUGGAAAAAAUAUUUAACAAUCUUACAACUGGUAAGUGAUAACGCGUAUUAAAAUAAUUUAAAUUCAAUUUUCAAUCAUCGACCAUUAAGGUUUCUGAUAUUCUUUUUGUCCAUUUUUUGGAUGUUGGUCGUCAGAAAAUUACGAAGAACAGAAAUAUGUUCAUGCAAUAAUAUAUAUUUUCAAUAUUUAUAAAUAUCUACUUAUAAUUCAUAAAUAUUAAAAAUUGUUUUUAUUACGAAAAAUGAUUUUUAUAAGGGUUCAUUUAAAGAUAAAAUUUGUUAAAAGCAAGAAAUAUUAAACAUUAUAUUUACCUACCAAAUUUUUAUUGAAAUUAUAUCGGUGUUUGUGGGGAGGGGGCAUCAAAUUACAACAAUUUGGCAUUUGUAGAAUAUUUUGUAUAAUUAUCAAAAGGCAUUGCAAAGUUUAAACAUUAUGAUAUUGUAGAAAUUUUGGGAGUACCAAUUUUGAAACUGAAAGUUUUAAAUACUUCUUUUUCUAUUUCUCACCACAUCACAAGACAAACAUAAUUUUUUUUUACACAAAAAAAAGACAUUAUACUUACCUAUAUUUAAUGAUUUUUGUUUUUUAAUAAGAUAAUUUCUUUCUGUAAAAACCAUAACAAUUACAAUAGAUAUAGAUGACUUUAAAGUAGAUAAGUGAAUUAAAUAUUUAAUAUAACAAUAGUUGAAUUUUAAAUGAUGUAAUAUUAAUGAUUAAAAUAGUAAAUACCUGGACUUACAGAUGAUGAAAUAUCAAGUACUCUAUUUUAAAACUUAAUAACUUUUUUCAAUUGUUUGAUUAUGUAGCACAUAAAACCAUUGGUAAAACACUAUAAUGGUAAUUAUUGACAACAUUCACAGAAAUACAGUAUAAUAACUAUUUAUAUUUAUUUUAUAAAUUAUGUAAUGAUACAGUGGUUCACAAGAAGCCCAUCGAGAAAUUUUCCAAUGAACCAAUCCGCCCUUGAUAGGUACAUAUUUUCAAAUAAAAUACGAUCCUUGUGUCUAAAUGAUAAUUCACAAUAUAUUAUUGUUUUGUAGGUUUUGUAUGUCUAUGGGUAUAAUAUAGUCAAUAUGUGUAUGAUAUUAUGUGUGCCUACCUAUACUUACAGAAAAACAGGCAGAUAGUAUUUAAUAUUAUAUUUUUAAUUUUGACUUUGAUUUAUAUUAAGGUUCGCAUAUUUAAAUAAAUCCACAUUUCCGCAGUCAUUUUCAUCCAUAAAAACUGCUUUAAACCUUCUCUCUAAACUGGGUCCAAUUCAGAGCUCAAUUUUGGGAAGGGCAAGAGUACAAAUAUAUUGCCAAAAUAAGUAAAUUAAAAACCCUUAUAAACCAAAACAUAUAAUUUCACUACGGUGUUUAGGGGUGGGACAAAUGAUUUUGUUGCCACUUUGGAUCUACCACUGCCUUUAAAUGGGUAUUUAAAUGAAUGGUCGUUAAAAUUUUGAAAAUAGUUUUAGAAUUUUAACAAAAUUAGAAAAAAAGUAUCCAACAGAUAUUACUACAAGGUUUUUUUCUUUAAAAACUAAAUAUUAUGGUAGUUUUUUUACACAAGUCAGUUUAGAAAACAGUCUAUAAUAGCUGAUCAGCUGUAUAGAAAAGUUCCAAAAUCAAUUUGUCUCUAAAUUGAAUGUUCUAAAGAAAUGCAUACAUUUAUUCCUAUUUUAAAAAAGUUGUAUGUGUUAAUAGUAAAUGUAUCAUAAAUUAUAUUAUUCGCAAUGUUAUUAUACUUAUUUCUGGUCUUAGUAGAUUAAAAACUUUUUUCUAGUAAAGACAUAUUUAGAAGGGGGUAGUGGUACCAUCGCCUUGAGCAGAAUAUGUUUUGACAUUUAAAUUUUAGCCCCAUUUGACAUGUGGCUGAAUUUACAUCAAAUGUUCAGUGUAUGUCUUUGCAAAACAUUGUGCAUCCAAAUAGUUGCCGGUGACUCAUUACUAUUACAUUAAAUAUUUUACUGUUGAUUAACUUCAAAUUUGAAUCAACCAAUAUUCAAUAAAACAGGUUAUCAUUAUGAAUAUAUUGUAUAUAAACAUUUUUUUUACACUGGGAAUAGGGGAAAAUCAGCAUCAAAACUUUAAAUAUGUCUCUGCUUUACAGUGGUUUACAUAAUAUCAUGUUCUAUGAAUAUUUAAAUAUUUUUUUAAAUUAAAAAAUAAAACAUUGUUCAUUUUUACAGGUUCAAUUUGUUAUUACCGGUUUGCAUGCUUUACUGUCGGUAAUGGAGCCAGACUGUGAUUUCCCUAAAUUCAUGAUGUAUUUGGGAAUAUCACAAGAUAUAUUCAUGUUUAUUUUAUUCUAUGACUUUUAUAAAAAAACAUAUUCAACACCAAAAAAAAAUAAACAAUCAUAAGUUUGUAUAAUGUAAAAUACAAACAAUUUUUAUCUAUUA